UUUUGGAUUGCCGAAGAAUAUGUAAGUGGCGCACAAAUCUGCAGUUUUUACGAUAAUUGGACGACCUUGAUAAAUUCGGUGCACCUAAUGAAGAUUUUUGCAUAAUAUGGCUGCCCAUAAUUGCUUCGUUGACUCAAUGAGGUUACAUGGGAAAUGCUUUAGUCGAAGGGUGAACCCCCUGCUGAUACAGAUUCACUUCAGCCACGAAUAACCCCCAGCCCAACCAAAGUAAAGCCACGAUUGAGCAUCCUGACAGUGGUCAUUAUCAUGAAGUUAGCUUUCGUAGGUCUUGCCAUCGGUAUGGCGGUCUACUUGGCAGGAUUUCACGACAUGGGCAAGUGGUACUAUGCGACAAAUGCCAGUUCCAUAUCACAAUCAGAUUGUCUCAGCUAUGAAAUCUGCCGGACCAGCCCCUGUGUGCGCACUCUCUCAGGAUGUGUCAGAGGAAACCAUCUACGAGGAUGGAAGGACACAGAAGUCAAUGAAUACGCUGGUAUACCAUUUGCUGCACCUCCAGUCGGCGACCUACGAUUAGCAGACCCUAUGGAGGUCGCAUCGUGGACCAACCUCCUGAAUGCGACUCAAUUCAGGCCAAGCUGUAUGUUCACCAAAGACACAUAUUUCCCCGCAUCAUAUUGGCCGGCAGAGAUGUGGAAUCCCCCAGGUAGACAGAGUGAGGAUUGCUUACAACUUAAUAUCUGGACUCCGGGCAACAAGAACAAUCUCACAGUUAUGGUUUGGAUAUUUGGUGGUGGUUUCUACAAUGGCGCCACUACUUUGGAUGUUUAUAACGGAUCCAUGUUGGCAGCCGCAAACGAUGUCGUGGUUGUUUCCAUAAGUUACAGGACGGCGGUUCUUGGAUUUUUGUCAACAGGCGACGGUCAAGUUAAAGGCAACUUUGGCCUCGAAGAUCAAUUACUCGGCCUAAAAUGGAUCAAGAAGAACAUUCACAAGUUCGGUGGAGACCCUGAGAGCAUUACUCUAUUCGGUGAAAGCGCUGGGGCUGCCAGUGUUGGCUAUCACAUGCUAUCAAGCAAAAGCAAGGGCCUCUUUAGCCGGGCGAUAUUGGAGAGUGCUACACCACUCGCUCCCUGGGCCUUCAUGAGUCAGAAACAGGCGAAGAAACGGGCGAACUUCUAUCUGAAGCGAGUGAAUUGUUCUUAUAGUGAUGGUGCUCGGAUUCUCAGGUGUUUGCGGACUCUCUCAGUUAACGAUCUACUGGGUGGAUUUAGAGAUUACAUAGUAACUAACACAAUUCGGUUCCCAUGGGUACCAACGGUCGACGGGUCAUUUCUCGAGGAUUCUCCUAUCUCAUUGAUUCGCGCGGGACGAUAUAACACAAUGGCCGACAUUAUGAUCGGCUACAAUAAAAACGAAGCCUCCUAUUGGCAGCUUUAUUCAUUUUACGGACAACUUAAGGAAACUAGAGAUUCUAAUCCAAUCACUUUGUCUCAGUUUGAAAGUGAUGUGCGGAGUAUAACCAAAGAUUUACCUAGUUCCAUACAAACUAGUCUUAUUGAGGAUUACUCAAACGGAAGUGAAAAUAAUGGCAAUUUACUUUUAGAGGAUCUAGAUACACUGGAAGGUGAUCGAGCAUUUAAGUGUUCAGUGCUAGACUUUUCUGAUUCUUUAUCAAAUACGGGUGGAACUAAUGUAUAUCUUUAUGACUUUCAAUACCGGGCUUCCAACGAAGUUUGGCCUCAGUGGAUAGGCGUCUACCAUGGGGCAGAAAUUCAGUGGAUAUUCGGUUUACCACUCAGUGAAGAAUACAGUCAAAAACUUCUUUCAUAUGGUAUACAAAAUUAUUCUGAAGAGGAGAAGAUAUUCUCCAUACAAGUCAUGAAGAAGCUGUCCGAAUUCGCCAAGACUGGACAAAUGGAUUCUUCUUGGCCAGAAUACACAUCGGAUACGCGUGAAUGCAUGUACAUUGGACCAAAUAGAACAUUUUCCAUUCGGACAGUCAGGCAGCAGAUGGUCGACCGAUGCCACAGAUGGGCACAAUAUGAACAGCAGUCAACUUGUUGCGAUUUAGCUUGAAUGCCAUCAAGCUAUCGCAUCUAGUGUUAUCCUUAUUAAAGGUCUUCCAAAUGCCAGGAGUGUCAAAGUGCUACAUGAACCAGGAAGGUUCACACCAUGUCAUGCCUUCCUAGUUUCUAGUGUUAUCCUUAUUCGGAGUGGUCUGCCAAAUGCCAAGGAGUGUCAAUGUGCUAAAUGUCCCAAAGAAGGUUCCCACCAAGUCAUGUCUUCCUAGUUUCUAGUUAUCGUUAUUUAGAUUUUAUUGAAAGAAGCGUUUUGGUUAUAUUUCAACCAAAACUCUAUUUUUCUAGACACAUCUAACUGCAUAACGUAAUACCCAUCUACGCAUGAUCAAAUAGUACGAUUCUUGUUAGUUUUUUAUAUCAAAUGGUCGGAAAUGUUUUGCCUGCAUCCCACGGGAGACCAAUGCGGCUUGACUAAAGGUACUCCACUUCGCCGUGACGAUGUGAAAUAACGGUCGAGUUUGAGACGAAUCGGACAGGCUGUACUCUACAGCAAGACAAGGAAUUACCCAUGUUCGUGCCUGGUUAUUGAAUGAUUUACCGGUAUUCAUGGCUAGUAUGAUGGACGCGUAAGCUGUCAAAUAUUCAUAUUCUCUUCUAUACA